AUGAGCAAAUACUCCACCCCAGCCUGGGCCGACGUCACCCCCAUUCCGCUGGAUGACGGGUCAAACUUCUAUGACAACGACCACCCGCAGCAGCAGCGCCAGCACCAGCAGCAGGAAGGAGGCGAUGGUGUGAGCGGGAAUGGCAAUGGGACGUAUCCGCUGGCAACCAUUUCCUAUCCACCCAACUAUGUAGAGGCAACCUCCUAUCUCAGGGCUCUGAUGGCGGCGAAUGAGAUGUCAGACCGCGCAAUAGAGUUAACGGAGGAUGUGAUUUUGAUCAAUCCGGCGCAUUAUACGGUUUGGCUCUACAGAGCUAAGAUACUCUUUGCAUUGGAGAAAGAUCUCAAUAAGGAGAUCGAGUGGGUUAAUAAGAUUGCCCUGGUGAAUUUGAAGAAUUAUCAAAUAUGGUAA